AUCGGAGAGACUUUAUCCAAAUCAUCAAGUUUUGUAUAUGAACAGCAUAAUCCUCCACGGUUGUGUAGAUUCGAGUGCGGCUGUGGCGCUUCCGGUUGAAAACAAAGUCUUUGAAAAACUAUAGAGUGUCCCUCCGAGGAGAAUCCAAAAUGAGCAAUGAAAGGCAGGAAAAGGUUCAGAAGAAAUAUGACCCAAAAGACACCACCCUGAAGUUUGUCCAAAGGAGGGAUGACUUGGAUCCACUGGGUUCGGAUGAUGACGACGACUGCCUCAGAGCAGAGAUGUCCUGUGGCCACGCUGUGACUCCCAAAUCACUAACACUAUGGUGUCGCAGCCAGCUGGAUGAGGGUUAUUACAAAUUCAGAUGUCCUGCGCUGGCAGAAGGUACCAAAUUGUGCAAUAAACUGUGGUCCUACAAAGAGGUGCGCAGACUGGCUGAUCUGUCUGUUGAGGAAAUGGAGCACUUUGAAGAGACCAUGGCCCGCCUGGCUGCCUCAGAAUACUGUGAAUUUCAAUCAUGCCCACAGUGCAGGACGAGUGUGGAGAGGAAGGAUCUCUCCAACCUGUGCGUCAAGUGCACCAUAUGUACGGCCGACCGGAAGAAGACCUAUCAGUUCUGCUGGCAGUGCCACAAGGAGUGGAAAGGCCCGGCUCCUCGGUCCGACCGCUGCAACAACGACGGCUGCAUGAACAAGGACCUGGAACUUCUGCAGACGUGCAAGACCAUCAGCCUGCCCCAGGUGGUGGGGGUCACCGACUGCCCCUCCAUUCGAGCCUGUCCUACAUGCGGCAUAAAGGUUGAACACAGUCAGCAAUACUGUAAAAAUAUUAACUGCCCUCGCUGCCACGUGGAGUUCUGUUUUGUGUGCCUGAAACUAAAGCGUGAAUGUUCUAAGACCAGCUCACCAUACAAAAUCUGUCCUAGUGGGGUGGCUCCUAGGCAGACCUCCAUUCCUGUGUGGAAAAAAUGAACAACAUUGGUUUGUCUGUCCCUGAUGGGAAAUGUAAUCAUUAUAUGACUGUUUAAACAUGACUCCCGGGGCUGCAGGCAUUGUGGAAGGUGAACAUAACCUUGCUGAAGAACUGAGAAAAGGGCAGAUGUUUUACUGCACUGCAACUGCCAAUCACUGCUGAGCUACCGAUAAUGUUAUAUUAAUUGCAUAGCAAUAAAUUGAACCAUCUUGAAAAGAGCUUGUAGGAACCAAAUUGGUUAUUUUCUAUGUUCACAAGUGUUGUAUGCAUUUCUGCCAGUAGGUGGCAGUAUCUAUUUUAGGCCAUGGUUUGAGUCUAUAUAGGGAGGUGGGUUAAUCAGCGUAGUGGUGCACGCUGGGGAAUCCACACGGUUUUUGACCGUGCCAUGGUGUAACUUCUCAGGUCAGAAUAAUACGUUAUGGUUAAAGUGAGUACCUUUGAGUUGACUGUAUGUAGACUAAAUAAACCUGGAGUACAAUCAGCAGUGUUUUGGACAUUGGCUGUGUUAUCCAUUUGCACCUGCAUACACCUACACUGGCACGCGUACAAGCCAGUUAAACAACCAGCGUGCGCGGAUAGUGACAAAGGGCCACUAUAGAGCUCAUUUACAUUUUUGAAUCUAUUUGAUAACCUUAUCAUUACUCAGUAAAGUGUGAAUCACAUUUUUCCUUUUUCUUUAUUUAAAAUGAAAAUCAAAAAAAUCUUGAGCCGUUAAAAAUGUCUUACCAAGUGCAUGAUGGGCUGAUUUUAGCUCAACAAUUUAGUCUGUAAAAUGCAAUAGACCUUGCAAUGUUAAAAAUAAAGCUUUCAUUAUAAUAAAAAUUAUGUUUCAUUUUUUGUUUAUUUAGUUUGGUGAUUUGAUUAUUUCUAAUUCAUAAUCAUUGUCUUUUAAAGAAAAAAAAACAUCAUC